GCCUAUAAAGCUUCAGUGUAAUCCGCACACUGGGGACAAAUUCAGAGCAACAGCUAUCAUACAAACAACAUUUUUCCUCGCAACUUGCGGUAGCCCUCAUAAACAGGAGGGAGAGGAGCUGAGAGUUUGUGGUUAAAAGACUGCCUACAAGCAAAAUAUUUGAUCUGUGACUUCAGAAUAGUCUUUCUCAUCACCCACAAAGGUGUAAAAAAGGGGGAAAUCAUGAAGAAGGGAAAGCAGGUGACAGACGGCAAUGAGCCGCCCACAUACCAGGAGGCGACUGCAGGCUACGAGGACAUGGAGGCCCAGUUUGCCUGGGAUGACAAGACCAUCCGACGGACCUUCAUCAGAAAGGUCUACGCCAUUCUCAUGGUUCAGCUGUUUGUGACAGUGGCCAUCGUUGCUCUCUUCUCGUUUUGCGCACCUGUGAGGUUUUAUAUUCAGACUCAUCCAGGCUUGUACAUGCUAUCUUACCUCAUGUUCUUCGUCACGUAUAUUGCCCUGUCCUGCUGUGGAGACCUAAGGAGGCAGUUUCCUUGGAACAUCAUUUUGUUGGUUCUCUUUACUUUGAGCAUGGCCUUCAUGAUGGGAUUCGUGUCGAGCUUUUACAAUACCAAAUCAGUGGUCCUCUGUCUGGGAAUCACAGCUCUGGUGUGUUUUUCUGUCACCAUCUUCAGCUUCCAGAGCAAGAUCGAUGUCACAUCCUGUCAGGGCGUCCUGUUUUCUUUGUGUAUGGUCAUGCUUCUCUGUGCCAUCACCAUCUCCAUUGUCGUUCCUUUUGGAUACGUUCCCUGGUUACAUGCCAUUUAUGCCGUGGUAGGAGCCAUCCUCUUCACUCUGUUCCUGGCUUUUGACACUCAGUUGCUGUUAGGGAACAAGCGCUACUCUAUAAGUCCAGAGGAAUAUAUUUUUGCCACCCUCAGCAUCUACCUGGACAUUAUCUACCUGUUCAGCUUCCUGCUGCAGAUCAUGGGGGGAGGUCGCGAAUGAAGCUCUUCACCCAACUCAUGUUAGUUGCACUCUUUGAGCUCUUAUCAAACUCCACAAGCAACUUGGAUUUAUUACCUUACAGAACAAGAUGACAUCAGGGCUACCAGUUUUUGAUAAAUCACUAUGGUUUUUUUAUUUCAUUUCAGAAAAAAAUGCAUUAAAACCAUGUAAGCAAAGUGAGAACAAUCUGUUCGUACUUUGCUUUGGUUAUGUAACCUUGUCCAUACAAUCCUGCAGCUGGUUUUGUCUAUCUAUGUCUUCACAUAGCCAACAUCUGCCUGAUGCUUUACUGUACGUUGGCCAUUCCUGUUUUGUCUGUUUUUGCAUGGCUCUGAGGUGUGCGGUGACCCCACCAUCCUACAGUGUGUGUUUAAACAGCCAUUAGGCUCAUAAGGGGAUAACACACCAAAGAGCAGAGCUGAGUAUGAUCAGUGUCCUUGACUGCAUUACUGUGUUUAUCUCUCAUUCUGCCCGAAAUGGAAAAUCUGAGUUGAGAGUUGAGAGUUGAGUUUGCUUUAUUAACUGUUUCACAAGCUUUGUACAGCAGAUACAUUUUAUUUUAUACUGGUUUUUAAUGCACAUCUUCAUAGAUGAUGAACCUAAAACUUCAACAAAGAAGAAUUUUAAUAUUUUAGCUAAUAGGAUAUCAGUUGCAAUUUCUCUUGUAACUUUAUGUGUGGCCUUUGGGAUGUGAUAGAAGAUUAUUGAUAUUAAUAGAACUGUUUUAACUGUUUAAUGAAUAAAAUGUGUGGCAUGUUGAUUAUUUUUCUAAAGACAAUGAGAUGUGUCCAUGUGAUCCUGACAUGUAAAAUAAAAUAAAACCAACACGUGACAAGCACUGUGUCUAUUGCAUGUGAAAGAUGGUAAAUGCAGGUUGUUAUGAUUAAGUAUUAAGGCAUUCAGUAAUUC